CACAGAAAACUUGGAAGCAAGCCAAGAGAUGUACUGAAUAUCGAUUUGCGUUUUUAAAGCAGCGCGAAAAUAGCAAGCAACAAAGCAGCAGCCCCCAAAACAACCGGGUGCUGUCGCCAUACCAAACUUGCCUCGCUGCGUUGUUCGUAUCGAACUCUACCAUCCCACCUUCGAGUUUGUUUAACCUUCCUGCACAAGUAAAUGCAACAGUGUGGUGCACACUAAUUCACGUUUCAAGACGAAGGUGCAGCGUGGAUUUAAGACAUCAUGAACUGGUCCUCCGAAAGUGCAGCUACUGCGGAAUGUCUAUCCAGGAAGAGACUGAGCGGUUUAGUGAACCCGAAUGUGGCAUGUCGCGUUCGAUGCUUUCAUUGACGCCAUCAAAAGAUGCCAAUAUCUCUUCACCGCUUCUACGGUCUUCGAUCAAAAAUUCUCGUGCAAGACCGUAGCCAACUGCGACUAUGUUUAGCACUGUUUGUUCUCCACGACUUGUCAGGUACAUUAAUAACAGGUUUGACUACCAAAGCACUACCAGUCCGUCCAGCCUUCGGAUUGGUACCAAGGUCUGGCUUCUGUCUGAUCCAACGGCUGGCAUUGCUUUCCUCAAUCUGUGGGACACACCACGCGAGGUUUCUCCCAAGACAGGCGGACCGGGAUUCUGGGCUGGUGCCAAGAUUAUUUUCAUUUGCGUGAGCGGCAAAGAGGUGACGAAUGUUGAAGAUGAAGUGGUCAAAUGGACGACUUCGUCUGUCGUACGCCGCGCGUACGAAAAAGACGGAGCCAUCGUCUGCGUUCUGAUCACGAAGGCGGACGCACUUCAGGAAACGCAGCAACUGACAAUAACGGAAGCCAUGAAUCGUCUUAUCCGUACUCCCGGCCUCGCUGUGGACACGUGGACAUUCUGUUCUGCAAAAGACACGAGAGGGCUUCAGGGGGCGCAAGAUGUAAUUAAACUUCUUUUCUACGAGCAUGUGAAGAAUGAAGCUAGAAGGAAGAGAAGGGAACGCAGAAAUUCACGAACUCCCAGGUCGUUUGUUGGCGCAUCUGAGACGAUCCGCCAGUCGAUUGUGAGCCUGGCAACACGGACCUAUGAAGCGUCGCUCAAGGAGAUGGCGAAAAGCGA